UUAGGCGUAAAUUUGGCCUCAUAUGUGCGCUGCUGAACCAGUGCGUUUACAUCCUUUUUGUGUUGCUUCUGAUGAUCAUGAUGAAGAAACAAGUGGACUCCAAAAAUCAAGUGAGUUAAUUUAUUCCCAAAUGUUACAGAGAUCCUAAAAUUUAGAAAAAUCUUUUUCUUGUUCUGCAGAAUCACACAUAGAGUGUAGGUAGAGUAUUUUAGAAACCUGUCUGUUAAGGCAUGUUAAAGAUUCAGUGCAUAAAUCUUAAUACAUUAAGGAGCUUAAGAAAACCGAGACGAAGGCAGUAAAAACGUAUAACUAAAAAAUAUAUCUGCUUUCUUAAAAACCUUAUGCCCUUUAUUUAGCGCCGUUCAAUUUGUAAAAUGUAGGAUAAUUUUUCUGGAGCUGAAUUCUUAAGGACAUUUUUUAAGGGCUAAAAAAAGGAAAAUUCUAAUCACUGUCGAGUAUUCACGUAACUGACUACCCAUUAGAAAGUUCUUACGUCGUAGUCGUACAGUGGACGUCGAAGCAACGUGCCAAAUCGUGCAAUGCACGUGUUUUGCUUCCGCUUUCUACCGUCUUGUUGCCGUCGUGGUGGUGAUUGCUUAAGUUCUUGUUAAAUUAUGAACACUUCAAGUCCUGGGACCAACUGAACAAUUUCAUCCUACAUAUUAAAGAGCGAACUAAAUUAUCAAUUCAUAACGCACAGAAAAACCCUUUUCGUGACCUCAACGUGUCUCUUGGGCCGUGAAAGCUGAAAGCUGAAAAGAGAUCAUAAUUCGUUGUGUUUCAUUAACAGGGAAGUGAACCUCUGAUAGCGAUAUGUUUUAGAGACAGUUGGAUUCACGCCACAGUAUCCGUCUUUCUUAUAAUUGCAUGUGGUUAUAAUCUUGCCAAAGAGGUCUUUCAGAUGUUUGACGAGGUAUGCAUUGUAUUAAACUCUCUUUUUUCUAAGUAUGAGAACAUAUUUUACAAGAAUGUCGAGGCUGAAUAUUGCAAAAUCUUAAGAAUAUUAUAAGAAUAAAACCAAGGCUAAAAGAGAUAUAUUUUUCUGCGUUGAAAAUCUUAGCCACCAAAGAAAAAGAACGCGCCAUUGCCAUUCAAUGCAAUUUAUACCCCAAAACACUUUAAAGCGGAAAAUCAGAGGCUGCUAUUUAAAAAAGAAUAAGAAUAAUCAGUCUAGGCCGGAAAAGAAAAGAGUGUGUAAUUUAACAAACGAGAGUUUAAUUUUUACAUUAGGGUUCAAAGGGGGCAAACUUGGGACGGUUUACACAGGUUGGACUGUAUUUACUGUUGGGAGCACCUCGUGUCCCGUCGCUAUAUAGGCCUUAAUUGCAAUCUCGAUUUUUCUGUCAGGAUGAUUUUUAGCAACUAUGCCCAUUGGUCAUCAUAACUUAAUUUCAAAUCGUAACACUUUCAAGUUGUUGGGCCAUUGUAAUUGCUCUAAGUUCCGCACAAUGUGGCGAGCGCAAAUUAAUUCAAAUUAUUUUUGUAUAACUGUAAACUGGCCAAUAAAGGCCCAAGUCAGAAAGAACUCACGAUUUAAGGACCCCCUUGUGGUUCUUUAUCCCCCCCCAAAAUUAAUUAACCCCAAAAAGGUUCUGUAAUAAGCAAACUGUUAGACAUGAGAUGAUGUUUUACUACGUACUCAGCAUCUGUCUGCAGCUUUCUUCUGACAUUCUGUGACCUCUAGUUGACCUACUAACUUAUGCCGUUACGUUUUUCUCGCCCUUAGGGGUUGAAAUAUUUGUGUACGCUAAACAACUGGCUAGAAGUGACGUUAUAUGUCUUGACGCUAGUAACACUUGUCAGACCGAGGUCUGAGGAUAUUUCUGAAAUGGGAAUUUGCGUUUUUCUUGUAUGGAUUGUAUUGCUUCAGUAUAUUAGCAAGUGAGUGUUGUUUAGUAUUACUUUGAUGUCUAUCAUCACUGAACGACGAUGUUUCAAUAGACCUUUUUACAGUUAUGAGCUUAGUACUCUACCCUCUGAGUAAAAAUGUGAGGCUGAGGUUGAUCUCGUUUUGAUACAAACCUCUUUUCUUUCAUGCUAGUACUAGUUAGCAUAAGAAUAACGUUGAUGAACAUGAUAAAACAGGAAGGGGUGUACCAAAACAAGGUCAACUCCAGCCUCGUUUGCACCGGUAACUGUCAAAUGGACUAUUAAUUUGUUAUCAUCAGUACGGCGCAGCCUCGUUCCCAAGGUCCUCCAUGCUCUCUUCCUCAGAUCUCAGAUGGGGCCCUGGGAACAAGGUUGCUGAUUAAGAGGACAUAUACUGUAUAAUCACAAGAGCCAUGAUGGGACAGAGAGUGAAUCUUAGGGUGUUGGCCGGGAUAUGUGAAUUUCACUUAAGUUAUUUUUAGAGGUUUCAGUUAAUGGGAAGUCUGAUUCCUGGGACGUCAGCACAUUUAAAUCUAUUGUUUUAAACGUCAUGAAGUCCACGGGCGACUGCCUCGAAGCAAACAAUGCAGAAUGGGGACUGUUAAAUAAUCAACGUGACCUUCUCGUGGGGAGUUUACAGGCGUCUAGAUUUCGCUAUCAAUUUUUCAGAUGAGCCUGAUGAGCGCAUUUCAGCACAAGAAGUUGAAUAAGCGAUGGCUCUUGGUAAUCAGUAAGCCAUUGCAAGGAACAAACCCGGUCGCAUCAGACCCCCCUGAGCAUCGUUUAAUUUGGCACUUGAGGCAACAGGGGCACCCACCUACUGUUUUCUGUAAAAUAUCUGUUCAGAAAAGCAAAUAUUGCCUAAAAUUUUCCAUUACUUGAGGACGGCUUAAAAUUUCUAGGCGACUGUUCCAUUCAUGCACAAUUUUCGACACUUGUCUAAUAAAUUCCCUACAAUUUUCUGAAGUUUAAUUUUUCACAUUUCAUUCUCCAGCUUUGGCUAUUUUUCUUAGUAAAAAGGAAACCUAAACUUUCAAAAAAUACGAUGAAGAGAGGAAUGAGAAAAAUUCUCACUUUCGUAAAACGUUAAAUUGCUUCUAACAUUUUCGGGAAAGUAAUACUGAAGCCCUAAUAAUUUCCAAAAGACUUAAUAUAAGUUGCCCUGGGAUGACCGAACAGAUACAAAUUUUAUAGUGCCUCUGAGAAUGCAUUUCUAGAGAUCUAAAAGUACUCUGGAUCGCCUAAAAAGUGUUUUCAACUUGUAAUUAAGAGGAAACCGUCGUUGGGUGCCCCUGGGGCAAUAGUCAAGAAAAUGAACUUGAUCUUUAGUUAUUGUCAACGAGGAAUAACUCGUCCUUUGGUGGUUAUGUUGUCAGAUGACGUUAAUACCGUUUUUGUCACCUGUUUCAGAUUUAAUUAUGUUGGUUUAUACAUUGUUAUGAUAACAAAAACCAUUAAAACGGUGUCCAAGGUAAGCUUCCAUCUUUGUUAAAUUUAAGUCUCUUUCUGUAAGGUACUGUGUAAUAACUUACUAAGGUGUUCAACCCACAGAUUCAAAAGUUAUUAUAGGACUAUCAUUACUUCAUACAAAAUUUACUUUUUAAAGUGAAGGGCUUGUACCCUUAUCAUUAAUGCCGAUUUCCUGGCUAAGGUAAGCUAGCAACGUGCCUUUUUCGUGCUGGUAUUAUAUGCCCUUUGUAGAGCAGGUUUGAACUGCAACAUGAACAGGCCACAAAAGUUUUCUUUUUUAUUCUCUUAGGUUAUGGUUAUUCUUCUUAUUCUUCUGGCAGCGUUUGCUUUCUCACUUUACGUUGUUGUUCCUAAACCGGUAGAGGUAAGUGAAGCUGCUUGGCUUUAUGCAGAUCAAAAGGGAAAUUUUUAGCGCCAAACUCUUGUUAAAAGCAAAGCCAACAAACAAGCUUUGUCCACACCUGAGGAGCAUCCGAUUUGAUUAAUUUUUGCUAAAUCUUCGCCUUUGUAAUUCCCAGCAGUUCCUGUAAAUAACGUAACCAAACAAUCUAUUGUUUGGGUCUCAUUUGCUUCAUCCCUUCAGGGGCAAAUUUUAUACAUAAAUGUACUUGAAGACAUAAAUACUUUAACCAGCGAAUAAAAGAAAAAAUGCCGGACUUUUUGGGACACUUCUCCUUACAAAAAAAUUUUUUCGUUCUCUUAUUUGUAGCCUGAGAAAACAGCCGAUAUUUCGCGACGCCACCACUCGUUUCCCUGCGAAAUGACGUCUGAGCAACGAGCGCAGAAAUUCCAUACUGAUGACGUUUACCGCCCAGAUCUGGGUAGUGGUUCUGACUGGUCGUGCCGCGAGAGAAAUUUGCGUCAACCAAUCAGAAGCACUACCAAGAUCUGGUUAGUGAUCGUCAUCAGUAUGGAAUCUCUGCAGUCGUUGCUCAGACCUCUCUUUGUGGGAAAACCAGUGCUUUCGUCGCAAAAUAUCGGCUAUUUCUUCAGGCUAUCUUAUUCGUAAUUUGUUUCUAUUACAUUUUCAGCCCCCAAAUUCGACCACGGACAACACUGGAAAUCUUCGUUUUAAAAACAUUCCUUCCUCAUUUGCUGCUACAUUUUUCAUGAUGCUUGAUAACUUGCAGUAUGACAAUAUUCUGUUGAACUACAGUGGUUCCGUGGGGAAUGGAUUAGUUUUAUACAUUCUCUAUUUUGCUUAUUGUUUUAUGAUGCCCAUAAUAUUUCUCAACUUACUGGUGAGUAGAACUUGCAUUUGUUGUUGUAUUAAAUUGACGUAAAGUUGUUCGAAAGAAAGGCUUAAUUUCAAUUUUUUUUCUGGAGAGCUAAGGAAGAUUUUAGCAGUCAAAAUACUGACAUAAAAUCGCUUAAAUCCCGCUUGCUGCCAUUUUGAAUAAUUAUGACUUUUUCGGUUGCUAAGACGACGAGAAUCACAUGAGUCGCCGCCCCGUCUCCCCAAAUGAGGCGCCUAGAAGGAGCGGCUGCACACAAGCUAGUCUGGCCAGUGUCUGAUCAUUAUUAACCGAGUUUUUAAUGUUUGCUAAUUUCAGAUCGGUUUGGCUGUAGGAGACAUCGAUACCAUUCGAAAGACUGCUGCAUUGGAAAGAUACACAAGCCAGGUAGGCAUAUUAUUCAUGAUAUUUUAAUGCGUUGUGCGUGCAGUUGCUGUGUGGCGUGACGCCCUUAUCGGCCUUUUAAUGCCCAAGCGACUAAAGGAAACUAUAGAUUGCGAGUAGUAUCUUAUUUUUGUUUGAGUCACAGUAGAUUGAGAGCACGCUUUGGGGGCGAGCAGCGAAGCCGCGAGGAACGAGGGGGGAAGCCCGAGCGAAGAAAAACUAACCUCUCCUCCCUUUUACCAUUAUUUUGCAUAAUUUUACUUUUUCACUCUCCUCGCGUGGCUCUGAGGGAAGACGGACGACCGCUCGUGGUCUAAACUACAUGCUCUGUUGACGAGAGUAGACGUUGCAUUACGUGAGUUGCGCGGUGCGCAGAAGAAACAUGCAGGAGUGCAAGAGCAGAAACGAUUUGGCAAACGUUCAUAAAUUUGAACCUAACGGGUCUCGAAAUAAAACCAAGUUUGUGUUUUCAUGAUGUCAAGGGCUCUUGACAGAAAAAAGAGAUGAGCCCAACGGAAAUUGAAACAUUGAUCUUCCGAGAGCCACGACUUAACCACUGGCCUAUAAUGGGAAGACUACCUAACUAGUUCAUUCCCUUAGGCAUACAGUGGAACGUAACCCCGCUCCGCAGACAUCCGUGUAUAUAACGAACACGAGUUUCGCGAAAACCUAACUAAAAGGGCGUAUGGCUUUUCAAAGUUUCUGUCAUUUAAACAAACUCGUGUGAACGGGCCCUUAGUCUUAGUAUCUAUGAAAAGCUUUAAAACAGAGCCCGAUUAAUACGGACACCCAGAUAAUACGGACAAUUAACAAUUAGUCAAUAUAGCCCAUGAGCCCGAAGGCCGAAUGGGCUAUUGACUCAGAGGCCAUGAGGGCGAGAGGAAUAAUUGUUUUAGUAAAAUCCUACUAGUUGGUCAAAAAUAUCGAGACAAAACAACUUUAGCUAGUUACAGUUAGACUUAAAUCAUUUUUUCCGUCAAAAGGCCGGCGCUUUUCGCUACUAGUGGGUUAUAACAAAUAGCCCAGUAGCAGCUCAACCAAUCAGAUCCAGCACUGCUAAUAGAUCACUAGUUGGAUUUUACAAAUAUAGCAUAUCCCCUUGAUGUCCGAAUAAGCCGGGUUACACUGUAGUUGUGAUAGGUAACUUUUUCUUCUGAGUGGGGGCGAUAAGCCUGAUCCCGGCGAGGCUCUGAAUUUUUACACGCUUGUGACGCGCUAACGUUUUUAUCGCCGGUUGUUUACUCACCAGGUGGAGCAUCUAUCUCAGCUUGAACGUGCCAUUCCAAGCUUCAUUCUCAGUAGUGUUCAAGUGACAGAGUAUGUAGAGUAUCCCAACAGACCAAAGAACUUCAAAACUAAGGUUUGUCAACAGUAAAAACUGCGUUUCCAGUUACUGUAUCUCGGAAUGAGAAUAUACUCACAAAUUUGUGACAAAUCCAUUUGACCACAAACUUCUCGACCGUUGCAAAGUUACAUUUUUCUUAAUCGCUAAUUCCCUUCAGGCUAGGUUUUUACAUUUUACCAUGCAAAAAGAGUGAAUUUAGAAUUUAUUCCAUCUAUUCUCAAUUAUUCCAGAAUACAGUCAAACUCUCCACGUAAUGGAUUGAACUGUUUAGAUUCUUCUCCGAAUCUGGAUUCGCUGGAUUAUUGUUCGUUAUGUACAUUUCGACAAUCUAAGUUAAUCGUCAAAAUUGUUGGGAAGGCUAUUACUUUUUACCUCUUUUUCCCUUCAUUUCCCCCGUCCCUGGCCCAUUGUUAAACAAAACUAAAGUGUUCGUGCGGGUAACUAUUCAGCUGUUGUCCAAAAAUAAUUUUAGGAAUGAGGGUAUUUAGGAAAAAGGAAAACCAUUUUAUUUAACAUGAUUAAACUGAAUUGGUGUUCAGUUGGACAACCUUAGUAGCAUAGAAUUAACUUUACUUUAAUACAUUAACGUCGAUGACAACAUAACCUUUUUUCCUUAUCUUAUGAAUAAAUUGCUGGCAAAUCUCAUUAAGAUCAGGUCAUGUGCUAUUUAUAAGUGCUUUAACCGGUUUGACAGGUUUUUUGAUGGAUUACUUCACAGCCUUUUGUCCUUAGCUCAUGUAAAAAAUAUGCCAUCUCCGAGUUCCUAAAACUGUCACUUUCAAAACGAGGCCAAGUGCAAAACCUUUUUUUUUAAAUGAGUUUUAUUUGCAUGAGAAUGAAAAAUGAUUUUCAUAUCAAUGGCUUCGCACUUAGCCUCGCUUUGAAACAGAGGUUUGUGAGAACUCGAAAACCGCCUAUGUCUGUGGAUUCUCAUUGUGUAUUUAAAAUCCAAGCCGUCAGAGAUGGGGACUUCCCAAUGAUCACUUGUGGCGGAGCGAGAGAGCUUGCUUACCGGUUAUUACCCAGCAUGAUAGAUGAUGCAUCAUUGUCCUGACCUUACAUGAUUUAUACAAUGCAAUACAAACUCUAAUGACACCCCAUAAAGAGGGCUUGACAAUAAUGAUAAAUUUGUAUAGGUAAUAGCAUGAUUUGUAGUGAUAUUGGGUAUAAAUAACACGAGUGAUAGUUCGAAAUUGUUAAACGUAAAUUUGAGAGAAUUUUGAAAUUUCACGAGUGGUAUUUAUGCCAAAUAUCACCUAAAAAUCAUGCUAUUAUCUGUUUAUACCACUACCCUCAAAAGGCUUGUAAUUUUCUCAUGUAGGUAUUUCAAAUUAAGCUGAAAUACCACUACUCUAAGCCAAUCACAUUGUAGAAAUUUCUCAUGUAGUAGGAUAAGCAAGAUAAUACGUCAAAACGAUAAUUAGGCUCGAUUUACGAUAGUAAAUAAUAAUAGACACUUAUAUAGCGCGGUAUCCACUAAUUUUCAGUAAUUUUUAGUAAAUUUUGUAACGCCACGAAAAGCGAUCCGGUAAUAGAGAUUUGGGAAGUAUUCUAGAAGUUUUAAAUAAUCAGUUUUCAUAAUAGGGCUAUUAGAUUUAGGAUGGCUAGAGAAGUAAAAAAAAAAUAAUAAUAAUUUACUUUACUUAUCGCCAAAGAAAUGAGUAGUCAUUAUUACCAAACUGUUCAUAGGUUGUUGAUAUUCUGGUAAAACUCCUGUCGCCACGUCAAGAGAAUGAUGAAAAGCAAGAAAUGGCAGCGGAUCUUAGAGAGACUAUUGAGAGACAUGAUGAACAGUGAGUACUUAUUUGUUAUAGGACAGCUCAUAGACUUACCGUAUUUACUCGAUUAAGCGCCUUCCCCGAUUAAGCGCCGCCCUCGAAAAAGCGUUGCAUUUGCGUGAAAAAGGGUGAUGAGCGCCGACCCCGAAUAAGCGCCGCGACCCUGGUAUAAACAAAGUCAAAAGACGUUAAUUAUGUUAGCUUAAAACGGAAAAUACAGGCUCCUCAGAAAAUAGUCAUGCCGUAGAUAAUACAAUUUUUUGUCGCUUUCAACUCCCUCGAAUAAGCAACGCCCUUGAGGCUUGAAAAAUUUAAAAAGCGAUUCGAGUAAAUACGGUUUUUGAUGAGUAUAAGAUUCUGUGAAACGGCAGACACCUGCCAAUCGCUUAUUCCAACGCAAUGUCAAACUCAAACUAAUUCUUUUGUGUAUAAAAGUAUUUGUUAUGUAGUUGGAUAUUUCGUCCCAACAGCGCGCUCUCAUUGGUUACUUCGAGGUCACAUGACAUUUAACAAUGAAACUGUUUUCUGCCAAAAUCUCUUAACUGGCAACAUUGCAAACUCUAUGACGUCAGUGGGUAACAGUGCACUGUUACCCGCGAAUCUGCCGUUACAGAGAGGUAAAUUUCCCGCUUCGCAGCUUUCCUCAGGAAACACUGAGAUUCUCUCGGGAAACAAAAUGAACUGUUUCCCUCGGGACCAGUCAUUAAGUGUUCAAUGUUUCAUUCCCCGACAUGGAGACAUCAGCACCGCAUUUUUGUUUUAAAGUAACCCAUAGAAACUUUCCAAUGAAAUAUUGAGUAAAAGUAUGUGAUUGUUUUUUUUACAUUUUAGGUUGAGAGAGAUAACGUCUUCUCUUAGGAAACAGAACGCUAUUCUCGAAGAACUUCGAGAUAUCUGCAUUGAUAAAAAACGAAGACCUGCCAACGAUGAACCAGCUGAAAUACCAAACACCACUGAGUUCUACGUCUAGAGCAUGAACAGAGUGUGCAUCACCGCUGACCUACACGUCACAUAUGAGCGAGGCCCCGUUCGUUCUCACAGACUCCCAACGCCAUUAUAUUUUGACGUUAUUGGGGGCUAAUUAGCUACAGCUGACGAUGUAGCAAAUCGCAUUAGCUUAGCGUCAUCCUCCGUGAGUUACUUGCUACUUAAAACUUGCGGACACAGACGCCUAAUUUUCUUAAAAGCGAGGCGUCGUGUACAAAAAUAUGAGCUUUAUCAUCCUCAGACUCAGGGGCGGGCAGUUGGGGGCAAGAAAAACGGCGGCAAAAGUUUUCAAGAACAGCGCCUGUUCUUAAAAAUCUUUCGCUGCCAGUUUUAGUCCCGACCCGAUUGACUGUUCUUUGAGUCUCCGAGUAUGGAGUUUCAUUUGCUUGAGAAUGAAACCUAUUUUUGGCAAAGAAGACGGGAUGAACUCCAGGCGCAACAACAG